AUGGAGACCAGGCGCCGGGCGGCCCCACGGCAAGUACUGCUCCUCGCCUGCUUCUUGCCUUUGUUCUGCCGCGCGGCCCCGGAGCAGACUCGCUACUCGAUCCCCGAGGAAAUGGCCAAAGGCUCCCUCGUGGGGAACCUCGCCCAGGAUCUGGGGCUGGAGCUGAGGGAGCUGCCGCUGCGGAAGCUCCGUGUCAGUUCGGAACAGCAGCACUUCAGUGUGAAUGGGGAGAACGGGGACUUGUCUGUGAAUGGCCGCAUAGACCGGGAGGAGAUCUGCGGGAAAUCACCGACUUGUUUCCUAAAUGUAGAAGUUGUGGUUGAAAACCCUUUGAACGUUUUCCACCUGAAUGUCGCAGUCCAGGACAUUAACGAUAAUGCACCGCGGUUUGUUAAAAAUACGGUUGAUUUAGAAAUUAAUGAAUUCGCACAGCCUGGUGCGCGAUUUCCUCUAGAACCUGCUCAAGAUCCCGAUGUUGGAGCUAAUUCGCUGCAGAGCUACCAGCUCAGUCCAAAUUCAUGCUUUAGCUUGAAAUUGAAGGAAAAUCCAGCUGGGAAAAAACAAGCAGAAUUAGUGUUAGAGAAAGCUUUGGAUAGAGAGAAGCAGAGUUACCAUCACUUGGUUCUGAGGGCUGUGGAUGGGGGAGAUCCCGUCCGCACUGGAACAGUUCAGAUUAACAUCAGUGUCACUGACGCUAAUGACAAUGCCCCCGCCUUCUCCGAAGAGGUCUACAAAGUCAGCCUGAAGGAAAAUCUACCGAAUGACUCCUUAGUGCUUCAGGUUAGAGCCACUGAUAAAGAUGAGGGCACAAAUGCGAAAAUAGCAUAUUCUUUCAGCAACAUACCGCAGAGUGCAAGACAGCUCUUCAGCUUAGCUUCCGAUGGAACAAUCACAACAAAAGGGUCUCUGGAUUUUGAAGAGGCACAUAAUUACAUCCUGGGUGUAGAAGCCCGGGAUGGCGGCGGUCUGACAGGCCACUGCAACGUUCACAUAGAACUUCUGGAUGAGAACGACAAUAGUCCCGAAGUGACCUUGACAUCCCUGUUUAGUCCCAUUCCCGAAGACUCGGUGCCCGGGACAGUGAUCGCGCUGAUCAAAGCCCGGGACCCAGACGAUGGAGGAAAUGAAGAAGUCACGUGUCGCAUUCAAGAUAAUCUGCAUUUCAAAAUAGUGUCCUCCUCCAGCAGCUACUACAAGCUGGUGACUGACAGCCCCCUGGACAGGGAGCGGGCCCCGGAGUACAACAUCACAAUCACGGCCACAGACAAGGGCUCCCCCCCGCUCUCCACCCAGAAAACCAUCCUCUUGCAGAUCUCGGAUGUCAAUGACAACGCCCCUGUCUUCGAGAAACCUUCCUACAGCGCCUACGUGCCCGAGAACAACCCCUCGGGGGCCUCCAUUUUCAGUGUCAAAGCCUCAGACCGGGAUCUGGACGGCAACGCCCGGGUCACUUACUCCAUCCUGCGCAGCAGCAUCCAGGAGCUCCCUGUCUCCUCCUACGUGUCCAUCAACUCCCAGACCGGAGCGCUGUACGCGCAGCGCUCCUUCGACUACGAGCAGUUCCGGGCGUUCGAGCUGCAAGUGAAGGCCCAAGACGGCGGGUCGCCGCCUCUCAGCAGCAACGUCACCGUCAGCGUGUUUAUCCUGGAUCGGAACGACAACGCCCCUCGCAUCCUGUAUCCCUCGCUCGGGCCCGAGGGCUCGGCCGUGUUCGAGAUGGUCCCUCGCUCUGCCGAGGCGGGUUAUCUGGUGACGAAGGUGGUGGCGGUGGAUGCGGACUCGGGACACAACGCCUGGCUCUCCUACCAUGUGCUGCAGGCCACGCAGCCGGCGCUCUUCCAGCUGGGGCUGCACAGCGGGGAGAUCCGGACCGCGCGCGCCUUUGCGGACAGAGAUGCGGUGAAGCACCGGCUGGUCGCUCUGGUGAAGGACAACGGGCAGCCGCCUCUCUCCGCCACCGUGACUCUGAGCCUGGUGUUCGCCGAGAACUUCCAAGAGGCUCUUCCGGAAAUGAGCGAUCGGUCGGCUGACUCGGCGCCACAGUCUGAUUUGCAGUUCUACUUGGUGUUGGCCUUGGCCUUGGUCUCGUUUCUGUUUCUGCUUUCAGUGAUAGCGGUGAUAGCCAUAAGAGUUCGAAGUUCAAACAACUCCCCUUUUCUGCAGUAUGCCAGGCCGGCUCUGUAUUCCAAUGAUGAUCCCAGAUUCCCGCCAGACUUCAAAGAAGGGACCUUGCCCUAUUCCUAUAACUUGUGCUUGGCUACAGACUGCGGGAAAAAUGUAUUUAAUUUGCUCAAAAGUAGUGACCAAAACUUUACAGCUGAUGAUAUCCUGGGGAAUGACACCUCUGGGAUUUUACUUGUGAAUAAUUCUGGUUCUGAAGGACCCAAAUCCGGAUCAGAAACUCUUCUUAAGCAUAAAUUUAGUUCCAACGGGUAG